CACUUGCAUAAGUACAAUUUAAUUAACCUAUAUUUACUCUCAAAUGUGUUGUAUUGUCGACCCAAUUAAAUUAUAGAUAUUAAGACUGAAAGUGGUUUUUUUGUGUAACCAUGAGGCUGUGGAUAGUACCAAUACUAAUAUUACUAAUAUCUACGGUAGUUUUAACUGAUAAAUACGAAGACGGAGCCGACAAUGAUUUCGCUGAAUUCGAGGAUGAAGAAUUUGUUGAAAACGGAAGUCAUGAGGAAGUUUACAUGGAGGAAUUAAAAGAGGAAGAGUUCAUUACCGAUGAAGACGACGUGCAGGUAGAUGAAGAUAACGAGUUUGAGCAUUUUGAGGAUCAUGAAGAGUUUGAAGGGUACAAUAUGAAGGAGGAUGAAGAAAUGGAAAAGAAUGGAAAAAAACCGGAUAUUAAGAUUGUGGAUGUACCUGUAAGUGUAAGGCAGAGUUGGGAUAGUUAUUACCUCGAAAUACUGAUGAUUGCUGGUCUGGUUGUGUACUUUAUUAACUUCAUAAUGGGUAAAUCAAAAAACCAAAAAAUCGCCAAUGUGUGGUUUGAAAAACACAAACAACUAUUUGAAGAAAACUUCACCUUGGUUGGAGAUGAUGUAACAUUGGAAAAAUCAGAAUCUGCAGGCCUUAUUCAGGAGAGUGAAAACAUAUACACUUUAUGGUGUAGUGGCCGUACUUGCUGCGAGGGUAUGUUAGUCGAACUCAAAUUAAUAAAAAGGCAAGAUAUGGUAGCCAUCAUUGCUGCCAUGAUGAGGCCAACUAUUGACCAAAUCAACAUACAAAUAAGAAUGAAUAAAGAAGAUAUGGAUACUUUUGUUUUCUGUGUCGCUUCGAGAAAAACUGCUGCCCAUCUAAGUAAAGAUAUAGCUGAUAUUAGCUUGUUCUGCCCUGAGAGGCGUUCCGGCGACAAAUUCAACAUUCCCUCCAAUUUUAAUGUUAUGGGGGAGAUUGCUGAAGCCACUUCGGCCAUGUUAGAUUCUAAAGUCACCUCAAUACUCAACAAAUAUCCAGAUUUGGUGGAUUACAUUCACAUCUCCGAUCAAUACACUGGUCCUAAGAACACUGAAGAAACCCAACCAAUCAAGCUACCUGAUACCGAGAGAGUUCUUAUGUUUGGUUUUAACAUGCCCAUAAAAGGUAUGCCUUUGGAGGAAGCCGUCGCCAAAAUGACCCCCCUGAUGAACAUGGUGUUCUACUUCGUCGACAAAGUAAAGCGCUAUAGACUGUCCAAAGAAGGCAAGCAAAAGGCAGACAAGAACAGGCAAAGAGUUGAGGAGGCUUUUCUCAAGUCCACGCAUCAAGCCCGUGCCGAAGCUGCAGCUGUCCGCCGCGAGGAAAAAAGACGUCAAGAGAAGGAGAAGGUUAUGGCCGAAGAUGAUCCAGAUCGUCAAAGGAGAUGGGAAAUCAAGGAGGAGAAGAGGCAGGCGAAAAAACGCGCCCCCAAAAUGAAGCAGCUUAAGGUUAAGGCCCUGUAAGUGCCAUCAUGUCCAAAACUGGCAAUAAUUAGUCAAAGAACAAAAAUAAUAUAUUUUUGUUUAAUUUAACAAACUUAAUUAAGUAUUAAACACUGGUACAUGUUUUUUUAUAAAAAAUGGUUGUGGAAAGAUUCCUAUCAUAAAAAAAGGUAUUUAACUCGAAUUUCUAUGUACUACAGAUUUAGCGAAACGAAGAAAAAACGGGAAAAAAUGGAAAAAUGUUUUUUUU